AUGUCGCUUGCUCGCGCCUUUACAACGAGGCGUGCGAAGCCUUCGCUAGAUUUGAAGGAAUCGAAUGGCAGCAUUCCGCAGCGCAGCAACACCACAAGCAAACGCCUGGGAUAUUCAGGCUCCAUCCGCCACAAGAUCUCAGGUCCUACAGAGUUGACGCAUACUACAAAUAUGCUGGCAUACAAUGCGCCAGACCUGUACCCAAAACCCGCCUCCUCGCCAUCCUCAAGAACCUCCGAGGACGACUCUGAUGGAAACCGGACCAGCGCCUCGUCCCCCCCAACCAGUCCAGACAUCUCUUCGACGGAAACCAAUCAUGUCACCCCGGAACCCAACCAUCUGUCAUGCUACUUUACCGCUCCAGGUCAAAAAGUGACACCAUCCAAAGUCAUGAAAUCCGAUGCCCCAAAGAUUCCUCAAAGGGCACUUUCUCACACCAAAAAGGCAUCCUUUGACAACUUGGCUCGACAGCAAUCGCUGAGGGGAUCCAAUGGAUCGGGAAGCUCCAUUUCUUCCAAAGGUAGCCAUUCUCACUCGAACUCUGCGACCUCGACAGCAGCCACGUCGGUCUCAUCCAUGGGCUUCUCUCGCAACAAGGACCAGAUCCCAGAAGUGCCCGAGGUAGAAGAGAGAUCUGGAGAGGCAACGCCAACUCAAUUUCAACCCAGCCGCCAGCCAUCCCACAGAAAACCGGAAUUGUCAACUUCUCACCCGUUCCGCAGUGAGCUGGCGCAAGUCUCCAUGAUUGCGGAGGAAUUUGGAGUUCGGGACAAGCUGCACAUUCAUGACGAGGAGGCUAAAGAGCUCGUACGAAAAGGCCUGCGCCUUUAUCGAGCUGAAGACUAUUUGGCAGAGGUCCACAGCCUGCUUGCGACGUUUUUCGUGCCAGAGAAGGUCGAGUCGCAACCAGUCUGGAUCUAG